GUCAGCCGUCACUCCCGGAAGAGUGAAGUGGGACCAGGUCGGCCUGAGGGUCCGAGCCUUUCAGAAGAGAAGCGAGACUGGAAACCCUUCGCUUUAAUUCGGCACGCGAAGUCUGGCUGCCAUUCUAUGGAACCGGCCCCUGAAUAUUCUUUCAUGUGUUCGGAGCCUGAACUUUAAAAAUAGCUUCUGGGGCUCAGUUGUGGUUCAGAUGAAUCCCUGGACCAUAGUGGCAAGAUCUUUCCCACCUAGGAGGGGCCGAAGCUGGUGAAAGGCCUCCUUGACCACCGCUGCCACCUGCUUAUCCAACAGGAGGGCCGGAUCCAGCAGUGCCCCCGAGAUAUUAAAGAUUAGAGCUGAUACACAUGACCAGAAUUGUAUUUAAACAAUGAGUGAGCCGGAGCUGUUGCUGGAUUCCAACAUUCGACUAUGGGUGGUGCUUCCCAUAGUGUUCAUCACCUUCUUUGUGGGGAUGAUUCGCCACUAUGUGUCUAUUCUGCUGCAGAGUGACAAAAAGCUCACUCAAGAGCAAGUGUCUGAUAGCCAAGUUCUAAUUCGAAGCAGAGUACUCAGAGAAAAUGGGAAGUAUAUUCCAAAGCAGUCCUUUCUAACACGGAAGUAUUUCUUCAAUAAUCCCGAGGAUGGGUUCUUUAAGAAAACGAAAAGGAAGGUAGUGCCACCAUCCCCAAUGACAGAUCCUACCAUGUUGACAGAUAUGAUGAAAGGGAAUGUAACAAAUGUGCUGCCGAUGAUCCUGAUUGGUGGCUGGAUUAACAUGACCUUCUCAGGUUUUGUUACAACAAAGGUCCCUUUUCCUUUGACACUGCGGUUUAAACCAAUGCUGCAGCAGGGGAUUGAGUUGCUUACUUUGGAUGCAUCCUGGGUAAGCUCUGCGUCCUGGUAUUUUCUGAAUGUGUUUGGUCUACGAAGCAUUUAUACCCUCAUUCUUGGCCAAGAUAAUGCUGCGGACCAGUCCAGAGUAAUGCAGGAGCAGAUAACAGGGGCAGCAAUGGCCAUGCCUGCAGAUACUAAUAAAGCAUUCAAGACUGAAUGGGAGGCUUUGGAGUUGACUGACCAUCAAUGGGCACUAGAGGAUGUGGAAGAAGAACUCAUGGCUAAAGACCUCCGCUUUGAAGGCAUGUUUAAAGAAGAAUUGCAGACAUCCAUGUUCUGAGCUGUUUUCAGUGGCUGGUGUUAAAUCGGUUAUGUACAGUGUAUUCUGAUGGUCAGAAUAAACACAAUCAACUUCUGUGAGCUGUGUAGCUACAGGAGAGAGUUUU